GCCACUGCCGCCGCCGGGGACGACGACGAUGACCAGCAACGAUUCUGAUGCGGGCGAGUUUUCCCGGCUGAGUGCGGCGAGGAGAAGCCUGGGCAAGGCCCGCUGGGCCGACUACCAGCAGGAGCGGGGACUCAACACCGGCUCGGCCGCUUUCCAGGGCUGCGUGGCCACCAUGAGCAGAGGCUACCUGAAGGCCGACACAACCGACAAAUUUGUCAUUCACCCCUACUCCACCUUUAGACACAAUUGGCUACUUGGAAUGAUGACUUGGAUGUUUGCAAAUUUCAUCAUAAUUCCACUGGCUGUCAGUUUCUUCACGGAGGCAAUUUACACAGGAUUCGUUUGGAUCUGCUACAUUGUUAUUUCUGAUGUUAUAGCCAUAAUUGAUAUCGUAUUAAAUUUCUACAUAGGAUAUGUAGAUGAAAAGCUGGAGGUUAUUAUAAUGGAUCGAAAGAAAAUCAAAAACCAUUAUCUGAACUCCUGGUUUGCUGUGGAUCUCGUUGCUAUGAUGCCAGUCGACUAUGUAUUUCUAGGUGUGAAACAUGCAGGUGGUCUUGAUGUGUCUCCCGUAGGAUAUGCUACUUCUCGAUUAGUCCGCCUUGUUAAGCUAACAAGAAUAAUGAGCUUGCUACGUUUAUUGAGAUUCUCAAACCUGAUGCGAUAUAUGCAGGAAUGGAAAGAGCUACACGAGUGGGAUGUGGGUAUGACGAGAGUGUUGCACUUAGCAUACUGGUUUGCUGUUGCCGUUCUCUUUUGUCACUGGAAUGCCUGCUUCCAGUUUCUCAUAGUAAUGAUACAGGAUUUUCCAGAAAAGAGCUGGGUGAUACUUCAAGGUCUCAUGGAUGAAUCCAUAAGAGUUCAAUAUACAUACGCUCUAUUCAGAUCCGUUAGUCACAUGAUGUGUCUCGAUUAUGCAGCUCUUCAGAUGCCUGAAGGAUUUGCUGAAAUCUGGAUUCUAAACCUCAGCAUGUUAACUGGGUCUAUCAUGUAUGCACUGCUGUUAGCUCAGGUCACAGCAAUGGUUGCCAACUCUGAUUCAAGCAGACGUAUGUACACAGGAAAGCUCCAUGAGUAUAAGGAAUUCUUACGUCACCAUCAUAUACCAAAGGAUCUUCGGUUGAGAGUCUUAAAUCAGCUCGCCCAUCAAUUUAAAGGCAAAUGGUUUGAUGAAUCAAUGAUCUUAGGGGAACUCUCGGAGUCACUUAGAGAGGAAGUAAUCCAUCAUAACUGCAGUAGCCUGGUGGAAAAUGCUCCCUUUUUCAAAGAUUGUGAUAAGAACUUUAUGAUAGCCAUGCUGGGUAAACUGAAAUUUCGCAUUGCUCAGCGUGGCGAGGUGAUUUUCAACGAAGGUGCAGUUGGAAACUUUAUGCUAUUUAUUGAGAAAGGCACAAUGCAUAUGGAGGGACUUCAAUUUGCAACAAAGUUGGCAGAUGGAGCAUUUUUGGGAGUCAAGGCUGAAAUGAAGCACCCUGCUCAGCAAAGUGCCCAGCCAGCCAUGGGAUACUGGUCAUGCAAUCCAAUGGAACAAGAUGAAUCUCUGCAGAUUUCACUGCUGUCAGGCUGAGAAAUACGCCUGCUAAUUUUGCAGUCUGGUAAAAGUUCAGCAGAUCCAUUGAAAUGAAUAGGAAAAAGCGGCAGCUGGGAGAAAAAUCGUGAGUGAUUUUGAUGAUUUGUGAAUGUCAAAGAUAUUUUCCAGUGUGGGACUACUCUGGAGCAGUCAGAAGAAACAGCAAUCUUUGGAACCAGAAAUCUCAAGUCAGUGGAAGAUCUGCCUCAUUGAAAAUUGCAUCAUUUCAUCACUUCUUCUUCUUGCGCAUGGCGUGCACAGCCCAAAGUUGUAGGACAACUUGUUCUAUUGAUCUUAUUUGAUUGUGCACACCGGGUUGAUUGCAUUUGUCGAAACAGGGCGGAACCACGUGAAGGUUGCAAUCUCCCAUCCAUUUCAUCAUUUAUUCCACAGUACUAUGAUUCACAAAUGCCGAGAAUUUAAUUUCCAACCAGGAUUGCUAACUGCUGUAUAAUAAUUGCAGUAUAUUCUACAAAUUUCAGAAGUUUAGUAGAAAGUUUAAAAGCCAUGAUUCAAGAGGAUACUACAUGAAAAUGGGGCUUGUGGGACAGAGAAUAACAAUUCCCCAUUGAUAAAUUAUUCAUUCACAGUUGAAAAACAAAGGGUUCCGUUGAGGGCCUGUCCCACUUUUCUUCGGCGACAUAGUUGCAGCAGGUCGCCAAAAUUUUCAAAAUGUUGAAAAUCCAGCGGUGUACAGAA